AUGACCUCUACAGAUAGUACAAAAACAGGUGUAAAGCGAAAGCGAUCUGUCAAUGCACUUCUAACAGACAUUCCACCUCUGAAGAGUAUUAAAUUCAAAUCCAUGGAAUCUCCUCAUCGCUCUGCAACUGCCAAUCUGCCCAAUAUUGAUCCGCGGAAUCCAUACGCCCUAUUCUCUCUCUAUAUCUCAGAGUCUGAUAUUCAGAAUAUUGCCUGUUCCACCAAUGCCUACGCAGAGAUUCAGAUAUUAAAGAACUCAGCCAUCAAUCCUCAGAAUUGGCAGUCAACCACUUCUGCAGAAAUCAAGGACCUCGAGCUUGUGCCUGGUGUCAUAGAUUUCGCGUUUUUAAUACACCAACGUACACGCUAA